AUGACAGGACUGCGAUUAAUCCCUCAGGCAGUAGGGGCUGCUGCUGGAUCCUUGGGCUUGGGUAUCCUUAUGCGCGUGACCGGCCGUUAUCUUUACUUCAUUUAUGCGUCCACUUUCUUGCUUGUUCUGGCUUCCUCACUAAUUAGCACGUACACCCUCACGACCCCUUCUUGGCAUCAGUUUCUUUAUUUCUUCAUUUUUGGUCUGGGCUAUAGCGGCAUGCUCACCGUGACACUUGUGGCAUUGAUUUCUGCGGUCGACCAUAAACACCAAGCCGUUGUAGCAUCAGCUUCGAUCGCAUUCCGGAGCUCGGGGAGCUCGAUAGGUAUCACAGCUGCUUCAUCUGUUUUCCAGAAUCUGCUCAAAAGCGGGUUAUGGUCUCGGUUUGGAGACAGGGAGGAUGCGAUUGAGAUAAUCCAGAAGAUCCGUAAUAGCCUCGAUUACACCAAUAAGGUACCAGCGGACUGGGCGUCCUGGGGGGCUUUGUUUGUUUCCAAGUUGAGUCUGGAAAUACUGGGUUUGGUGUCAAGUCUUUUCAUGAAGGAGCAUAAACUCCCCAUGAACCUUGCGAGGAAAUGA